AUGCUCGCAGGGACUACCCGAGUUGUCGCCCAGAAUCAGACUUGCAGUGUGGGAACCGGCACAUUCUACUGCUGCAACACCCUUGGAGGCGUGGACGAUGCUGAAAUAGUCAUGCUGCUUGAGGCUGCCAGCGUCCCAAACCCCACGACGUACAAAGGGUUGGUCGGAUUGGGCUGCAACAAGCCUGGAGACUUAUGCACGGGCUCACCCGCGUGCUGUACCGGCGCAAUCAUUCCUCUUCCGGGCGUUGGACCAACGUUGACGACGGGCUGUACUCCGCCGACCAACCAGCAGUGA